GAGUGCGUCCCCUCGCUGCACGUGGAGGACACGGCAGACUGGCUGGAGCAGGAUGUCAUCGCCGGCUUCCGAGUAUGGCAGCUCAUGUUCCUCUCUCUCGGAGGCCUCAUCGUCGUCGUGGUGGUGAUGUGCUGCUUUAUGAAAUGCCGCAUUCCGAGAACGAAGCAAGAGAUCGAGGCAGACUUCCAUCGAAAGAAGCUCACCCAAGUUUUUAGAAAGCAUCUGAACAAAGUGCCCGUCGAAGAAGUCGAAUUUAAAUUAGCGCUAGAGAAAGUGAAAGCCCUGUACGAGCACGAACAGGAGAAGCGGAGCCGGGGUUCCUGGGACUCGCUCGCCGAAUGUGAGGACCUGACGCUGCGGCAGCGGCUGCGGAAGCUACUGCGAUCGCUCAAGCCUAAGCCUCAAGCUGCCGUUCCUCGCGUAGCAAGCUCGGGUGACGACGCCGAUUCUGAGAGCAACUCGGCCGGUGACUCACGCGCCGACGCCGCCAGCCACUCGGGUGGCACCAUCCCAAGCAGUGAGGAGAGCAGCCACGCCGGCGGAUGCCGCACCAUACGAGAGGAGAGGAUCUCCAUCGAAGAAGAUCCCGACGAUGACGUACAGGCGUAGCCAACGUUGUAAACGCCCUGAAUGUGCUUCGGCUGUUUUUUUCGUGAUCGUGCCUCCUCCUUUGGCGUCGUGCGCUUAUGCGAUACAGAGACAACUGUUUCGGGUUGAAGUGUGUUACUUUUCGCGUUGUCUAUUGUUAUAGUGCUAUCACCAUCAUCGUUAUUAUGAUUA